CAAGCGUCUACCCCGCGAGCUGCGGUCUCGGGAAGGAUCUGCAGCUUACCGGGUUGUACUUCGACAGAGUCUAUCAAAUGUAAAAAUGUCUGGGUCUGGAAGCUUCUGAAACUUGUCAUGCACGUUGUGCAUGAGCCAUGAUGUCUGUGAUGCAUACCCUAGCAAAACAGAUUUUUUGAGGGCUUCUUGAUGCGUAUUCCGCAUGACAAAACCUUCUCAGCGUAGCAAAAAUUGCAUUCCCUUUGGUACUCAUGCAAUACAGAUUUUUUUGGAAUCCACGUGCAGCAUCACAAGUUGCAAUCUUCCAGACCCAGACAUUUUUGCAAUUCAUAAAGUCCCUGAUAAGACCAAGAUCCACUGCACGUUCAGCGACAUCGGGUCGCCGCGAGGAGUAUCAAAAUGAAAAAUCCCCCCUCCCCAUAUUGAGACGGAAACUUCUGUUGCUGAAUUUGUGUACACAAAUCAGCCCUGUCUUGCAGUGAGGCACUACAGGCAAGGCCCCAGCCUGCGUAUGGGUGUUUUGUUGUAGGCUCUUGGCAUAAGAGAGGCCUGCCAUGUAGGUGAAACAGCAUUACAAAUCGCCUCCAUAAGGCGGCGGAUUCUUUGGCUUUGCAUUCUUGCAAGACAGAUGUGAUUUGUGACCUCAAAUCCGCAACGCAUGCAAAUUUUUGCAAACAUACCUUUUCGAUAAGGGGAGGGGGGAUCUUUCCUCUCAAUAAGGAGAUGCGUACUUGCGGCAAACGCACACGCAGAUCGCGACCGAGUUGAUCGUCGAGACAAUCAUCCCGCCGUCGUUUGAGAACAAAUUUUCCAGGCAGGAAUCCUACGCGCGCUGCGCCUGCCCGGACCGGGAUUUGCUGGGAACGGCCAGCCAAAUCAUGUUCCAGCUGAUGGCGAACGGGGAGCAGUUUAUCUCCAGUCCGCAGAUCCUCGGUGUGGAACAGAUGCCGUCUUU